GCUGAGAACAGCUAGCAAAUUGCUUUGAUUUCGGUCUUGUUUCAAGAACAUUAACGUAAUGGGGGAAAAGGAGAGUGAGGCUGCAGACAGAGAGGAGAACAGGAUGGUCCCGCUUCAUGCUCCCUUCUACCGUCUUCCAGAAGAAAUACAACAGAUGGACAGGUCGGAGACUGUGUGUCAGUACUGCGGAGUGAGUUACCUCAUCCUCCACGAGUUCCAGCUCCUCCAGGAAAGACUAGCCCAGGUGGAGAGAGAUCUCCAGAACCAGAGAGGGAGCGCACAGAGAGAGAAAGUCCAAAGAGAGCUGCUUGAACGGGGAAGACAGGAGUGGGAGAUGGCCCUGAGAAAGGAGCUCCAGAGAGUUGCUCAAGAGAAACAGCGAGCCCUGAAAGAAGAGCUGAAAACGACAACUGAAGAGAGAGAGAGAUUCCUGAGAGAAGAGCUGGAAAGAAGUGCAACAGAGAAAGUAAAGAACCAGAGACAGGAGCUGGAAAGAAGGAGCGAGGAGAGAGAGAGAGACUUGAGAGAACAGCUGGAAAAGAGGUGCGAGGAGAGUUGUAGAUUACUGAAAGAAGGGUAUGAAAAGAGGAGCGAGGAAGGAGUGAGGAUCCUAAAUAACGAACUGCAACAGGCCAAUGCUCGUCUGGCGGAACAGAGGGAACACCUACGUCAUCUGGAAGAGAGUCUAAAAAGUGUGGGUUUGAAGCAGGACUUGACAGAGGGACUGCUGAAAAAAGAGCAAGAAGGCAGCCAACAGCUCAGAGGAAUGUGUGCAGGACAGCAACAAGCCCUAAGAGAAACCCUGUCUCUAUUUUACUACUCGCGCCGGGAGCUAAGGGAGAUACAGGGUUUCCUCUACCAGCUCACAGGGGCCUGGAAAGACUGCAGGUCACAGCUGCUGGAGAGAAGCAGUGAGACCUUCUCAGUGCUGAGGGGGGAGCUGAAUAGCGUGUGUGCGGAACUCCAGAGGGUCAGCAUGGAAAAAGACAGCGUAGAGCAGCAGCUAACGGCUCAGAGCAGACAGACGGAAGAGCUGGUGUACCAACAGACACGAGCCCAGGUUGAACAGAGAGAUGCACUCCACAGAAUGUCCCAAGAGCUCAGGGUGAAAGAGGAAGGCUGGUUGUCGUGCCGACGCAGGUGCAACUCUCUACAGUCUCAGCUGUUGACGUGGCAACGGAGGGAAGAGGAGGUGACCCGGAAGUACUCCGGAGCUGAGAAAGAUGUAGCCUUUCUCCAGACGGAACUGGAGCACGCCCGGCAGGAGAGCAGUAUCUUGAGCAGAGACAGAGAGCAAAUAAUGGAGGCCCAUCGUGAAGCCCUGUCGAAGACGGAGGAAAACCUCAGACAAGAGCUGGCUCUUAAGCUGGAGGCUGCUCUAAAGGAGCAAAGGUCCCAGAAUGCAGCGCACCUGAAGGAACGGGAGGAGGAGCUAAAGAGGGAGGCGGAGCUAGUGCUGGUGAUUGACAGGGAGAAGAGUUGGGAGAUGUUGCUGCAGUGCCAGAGAGAGAAGGAGCAGUUGCAGAAUAAGCUGUCCUCCCAGGUCCUCUCCGCCACACAGGAGCUCAGGGAGGACGCGCAUAGGCUGACGGAGAGACUGAGGGAGGUGCAGGAGGAGGCGGACAGGAGCAGCGCUAAAGAGGAGGCGCUACAGCGUGCACUGGAGGAAUCCCGGCAACAGGGGGCGCUGGAGCUGAGCCAGGCCCGGAUGGAACUGCAGCUGUUAAAAAAAGACAAGGCCGUGCUGCGAGACGAGGUGGUAUUGCUUCAGGACACAGUUAGGAGGGAGUGUGAGGAGAGAGGGGAGCUGAUUACUGCUCUUACCCACGCUAGAGAGCAGCUCCUGGGCUUACGACGACCAGCCUCCCGUCCAAGUCUCCCCGACCUCCAGGGAAAACCCAUGAGACUGCCCCUCAACCGCUCCUUCACCCCUCAGCCCGCACUGAGACCCUCCCCUCCUCCCCCAGUCAACGGGAGGCCAGAAGGGGGAGGCAGGGGUGAGAGGAGCGCUGCGUCUUGGCAUGCAGGAGGCGGGUCGGGAAGGAGAAGGGGGGGGGGGGGAGGCGGCAGCCUGCCCAAACUGAAGUCCAGUGCUGUUAGUGAGGUCGAACAUAGAGUUCAUUUAGUGAUGGGGAGGAAAGAGAGGCUCUGACACCCUCAUGUAUUUGUGUCACUAGGCUGGUGAUGACCAGCAAUUAAUGUUACAAAAUACUGUUUGGGGGGCCCCUAAGUGGCGCGGGGGUCUAAGACACUGUCUCGCGGGAGCGCUGCGUUGCAACAGCCUGGCGUUUGAAUCCUGGUCAUGGAAUUCUGACAGUGCAAAGGGGACCAGAAGAGGUCGUCACAAAAUGAUGAUUCAUCCUAAACCUACAUGUAAACCUAAUCUUAAACCAUAACACUGUACCCUUUCCUGUACUUGUGAGAACACACACAAGACAACACACAGCUAAUGAACAGUUUGUGGGAGCGUUGUUUCAAAAUAUAGAAACGUAUUGAGCUCUCGUAGACAGUCAGAAAGGUGGGAACAUGUCUGCAUGUACCAUCCCACCCGCUGAAAACCCAGAGCCCAACAAGCACUCCUCUACAUCAACACAUUAGCACACGCACUUUACAUUCAUCUCUACCCAUUGUCAAUUACAGAUGCGCUAUAACUUCAUCCCAGGCACACACUCACACACGCACUAAUGUUCAAAGAGCAAUCGGUCCAUACAGGGAGGGUUACAUACGCACACAAACAUAACACACACAGACAUACACAAACAUAACACACACACUGCCCCUGUUUUUCUUUUGGUUUUGACGUCACUCACUCCGGCAGAAAAGUUGGAAAUGUGUGUGGCAUGGAACCCAUUUCAAAACGGAAAGCCUCUUGGUAGGCCUCUUUUUCAAACACGCUCUGUCUCUUUGGUAUGCCCCUUACUCUCCGUCCAAUGCAACACACCAAAUUGUACCCAAGGUUCCAUUCCUUGCUCUUCCUUGUGAUUGUGGCGUCACUAGAUGCAACAGACACAAAUUCCAAAUCAGCAGAAUCAUAGAAACACAUCUGAGCAGCUUACAGUCUGACAGUCGAUGUGGAUUGUGUCUUUUAAAUUACAAAAUAAAUGUAGGUAAAUGUAACAAAUAUGUGAUUUUGUGUCUUUAAUUAGAGGUUAGAGUUAGUUUAGCAGAGUGGUUAAGGUUAAGACUAAUUUAAAAAUGUUCAGAUGAGAAAUUGUCUUAAUGGGAGGGGUUUAACCAUAACUGUGACUGUGUUUGUUCCAACUAGUGACAACCUUGUCGUUGCAACAUAGCAUGGUUUAAAGGGACUGGAAUGUUUAGCUAGAGACUGAUAACCUGGCUAUCUCCCUUCACUCUCUCUUGUUCAAAUGGUAUUUACUUAGUCUCCUGUGUGGUUCGUGCGAAAGCUUCCCAUUAUAUCCACUGAUGUCUUUUUUAGCGUGAGAGUCUCCCCCACUCUCCCUGUCUUCAAACUAUAUUUGCCUGGUCUCGUGUAAGAGUGCAUUUCUCUCAUUGUGCUUUCCCAUACACACACGCAUUUUGGCAUGAUGUAGUUUAUUUUUAAGGCAUAAAGCUGUGCCUUGUCACACACUCAUGUGUUACAUUACCACAGCUGGGGUGUGAUAAUGUAAUUGUGUAUGUAUGUGUGUCCGUGAGUUGCCCUGUGCUCAUGUUCUCCCUCCAGAUGCACUCCCAACCUUUAACCCGUCCUUUCAUCUCCUCCUCCCCGACACCCUGUGGCCUCGCACCUCACUUCCUGCUACCGUGACCUUCACUUCCUGAACCUCCUCCACUGGCUCUUUGAAGAGUGCAGGUCUUUCAACAUGGGCCAGGGAGUUAUAAACACACUCCUCGCCUUGCCCUGGCUCUCUCAAUCUUUCGGCCCUGCUAUGUAUUUCUCCCUUCCGCCGUAAUCUCUGCGUCCUCGCACCCUUUAUGCCCCUCCGCGUGUCGACAUGUGACGGGCUUGGCGUUACGCAAGUGUUUUUUCAUUUGUGAUUAUCAUUACAGAACAUGCAUUCACACUUGCAUCUAAGAAUGGAUCCCAAAAUAAUGUUAAGUCUGAAAACAUGAAUAAGAGUUUGUUAAGUUUGUCGAUAUGGCAUUUGUGCUGUGCCGUAAUUCCUCCCACACGCGUGUAACCAUGGUGUUUAUGUAUGUGAUUAACCCCUCGUUCGUCAUAAGGGAGGCCCCUAACCGCUCCUGCCCUAUGUCCAUAGCCAUUGUGGAAUUCCCAUGAGCCUUCCCACACCCAUAAUCAUUGUCACCCAGGAAACGGUGGAAAAGAAUGCUGAGUAUUCACCAUGGCGAUGGCGUAAGUGUCCCUUAGCUUGUGGGUUGUUGCACAGCACAUUCCACAGCCUUAAAUCAACACGGAGUGUUUAAAAUGUAAAACAUACAUACACUGGAAAGUGUUAAAGUUGCAUUCAGUGACUUUUGGCCACCGGUUAUAAAAGUGGUGCUGUUGAGCCAAACCAGUUCCCAAAGAAUGUGCUAAAAAUGCUCCACAUGUCAUCAAAAUAUGUUUGAGGUAUGAUAGUGAUUCUACUCAUAGAUUAUGCCCAUAUAAACAACAUAUUACACAUCCAGCCCAAAAUUGGAGGUUUAAAAUUAGUUUGUUAUUCAAAGUUGUGGAAUGCAUCUUUAAAGUAUGAGUAAAGCCUUUGAAUAUUUUCAAGAGAGCCUUGUCUUUCAGGUUAAUUGUGCCCUUUUCACCCAUGACUGCAUUUAUUUAGUGACAGAGACUUUGUUAUGUCAUUGGUCAACAUUACCUUACCAGUGGAGAUCUUAAGCACCUCCUUUUUUACAUGAUACCGGGUAUUUCCUAAGGCCUUAUUUUGCGGAAUUGGUUUUACUCAAAUACCAGGGCCUGAAUGUCCUAUGUAUCACUUUGAACCACACCAAUAGUUAUCAUAUUUAUUAUCAUUAUUGGUUGGUAGUAAAUCUAAAUAAAACUAGUAUAUUCUGUUCUCUAGGUUACAAAAUCUACUUCCGAAUUACCUUAAAAUUAUCACACUGAAUGGUUCUGUUGUGGAACGUGUUCCAUCCUACAAAUAUCUUUUAAAAAACAUUACUGAGUCGAUGAAGAAGCAUGAGAUAAUUAUAUACUUUUUUAAAAUAAAAACAAGAAAUUUUUGUUGCGUCAGCAUAGAAUUUAAAUUGUGCAAGCAACAUUUAUGUCCCUGCUAGAUUAUAGUAAUUUGUAUGCCUCAGCUUCUGUCCUGAAACCUCUGGACGCAGUCUAUCAUUCAGCCCUGCAUUUUACCACUAGUGUGGAUUUUCUGAAAACAUCAAGUUUUACAUCAGUUGGCUGUGACUCGCUGACCUCCAGAAGGACCAUGGUUGAUAUUUUUAUAUAAGGCUAUUUUACAGAAACUUCCUAUCUUACCUAUAAAAUGUGUUGAACAAGCACCAGUUAUCAAAUACCUUCUCAAGACUGACUUGUCUUGGAGACACCAUAGGCAUAUUCAGAAUUGGGUAAAUUGCUUUUGAAUACUGUGCUCCACACACAUGGAAUGCCAUUCAGAAUUAUCUUAAGCUGAACGUUUUAGUGCCUAUGGGGCUAUUUUAAUGUCUGAUAAACGAAGUAUUAAAUGUGAUUGAUUUUUACAUGUGUAUUUUUAUAUUUCUAUUUUAUCUAUGUUUUAUUUUAGUAAUACAUGGCUCAGCUGUGAAAGAGACCUUGGUCUCAGGGGAUUUCCCUGUGUAAAUAAAGUUAAAUAAAUAGAAAUACUUGGACUCAAUGCAUCCAUUACAGAAGUUACUCAGUUAAGUUUGUAUACGUGCUUGUUCCAGUUUGCUUUUGAG